AUGGCUACUAGCAAACUGUCUGUGAUUGAAGAAAGAACAUUACAAGCCAGGGCUCUAGCUAACGAAAUUUGUAAACAGGAAGUGCUUUUAAAGCCACCACCUCAAGAUGGGAGACAGUAUUGUCGAGCUCUAUUUGAUGGUUGGGGAUGUUGGAAUUACACUCUAGCUGGUGAUAGAGCCUUUAUACCUUGUCCACAGCAUAUAUUUUACCGUACUGAUGGAUUUGCCCAUAAGGACUGUGAUGAAAAUGGAACAUGGCGGGUGUACCAAGAACGAAAUAACCGACACUGGUCCAAUUAUACAGUUUGUUCUAAAUGGACAGCCGAACAGUUAGAUGAAUUAGAGGUCGGAGAAGAUUAUGGUUAUAUUUAUGUAUUUAUUGCUGGUUAUUCCUUAUCAUUAUUGUUAUUGGUUAUUUCACUUGCUAUAUUUUUUGUAUUUAGACAGUUAAGAUGUGAAAGAAUUACAAUCCAUAAAAAUUUAUUCUUUUCCUAUUUAUUUACUGGUUUAACAUGGAUCCUUUACUAUUCAUUGGUAAUAUUAAACGGCCAUGUUAUAUUACAAAAUCCGAUCUGGUGCCAGGCUCUACAUGUUUUAGCUCAGUAUUUUACUGUAUGUAACUUUGCCUGGAUGUUCUGUGAAGGGGUGUAUUUACACACUAUCAUGGUACAAGCUUAUAGAUCAGGAAAAACUUUACUCAUCUGCUGUAUAGUGUUUGGUUGGAGUGUACCUCUAUUAUUAACUGCUAUAUAUACUGGUGUGAGAGGUUCGCUGGAACUACAUUCAACAGAUUGUUGGAUAUUUGCUGAUAAAUAUCAAUGGAUUUUAUUUGGACCAGUUGUUGCUUCAGUUGCUAUAAAUAUUUGUUUAUUGAUCAACAUUAUAAGGUUACUGGUAACUAAACUGAGACAAAUACCAGAAGCUUCACAAAGCAAGAAAGCAGCGAGGGCAACUCUGAUCUUGGUACCAUUAUUUGGUUUACAGUAUUUGAUAAUGCCAGUCAAACCAGGAAAAGAUUCACCUUUUUAUGAUUUUUACCAUUAUUUCAUUGCUUUAUUAACAUCGUUACAGAAUUAUGAUCCUACUUCCGGUUUUUCACCAACCGUGUGCGUUAAGACUGUUUUUUUCUGGAUUUUAGAUCUGAAACUUGCGCAGAAAAUGGGCUCUUUAAGAUAG